AUGUACCUUCCGAAUCACACUGGAACAGGUAACGAGGCACCUGCGAAAAAACAAAAACCAACCCAAAAAGCCUCAUUUUCCGGAGGCAAACUGCGAAAUCAGCUCCGAAGUCUGAUUCGCUCGUCACGUAAAUCUUCGGCCGAGAAUACGCCUGACCCGAGGUCAAGUGCUGACGUGUACCGAGAUGGUCCGAUUCCAAUCUUGACCCCUGCCCUCUUGUUGGAACAGUCUGUCCGCGAGGACGCCCCGGAGAGUCUGCUUAAUCCCUCUCCUAGCCCGAGUCAAAACAGCGGGACAAACACGUAUGACUCACUCCCACCGUUGCCUCUGUCAAAUGAACCGAUCACUGAAUCACUCAUUGUCCAAGCCAAAUCGAACUAUGUUGAACCACGUGAGACGAAUAAGGCAGCACCGAGAAGAUUUCACAAUACCAUAUCACAUCUUCGAAGCCCACGUCACGCGAUGGCCCUGACCCCCGAGCCGGAGCCUCACGCGAGUCCAUACUAUCCACAUCAACAUCUGACCAUAGUGGAAAGACAUGCGUUGCGCGGAUUGCAACACGCGGAGCUUCUGCGUCGCAGACUGACCGGGACGGACGAGGAACUGCCGCAUUUGCAACAUCGUCGUCCAACGGAUGCCACGGUGUCCUCAUCCAUACCAACUAUUCAACUGAACGGCCAUGAGAGGACACCAUCGGCAGAGAACCCUCAACCGGAACAGAUGCAACUGGGCCCAGUUCAAACGAGAACCAGGAGAGCAAUCACGCACGCACAACAGGCAGAGAGUGACUUGCAUAUGCCUGUUAUGGGUCGUUUGCAAACGUCUUUCGUGGUCAACCAAUCGGGGCUUCUUGGCCCAACAGUUCGUCUGUCAACCUCAUCUGCCGCGUUCCUCCGGAAUGCCUGA